AUGGUUCGAGCCGUUGGCGCGGACGACUGGGCUAUGCUUGCAGCUACAAUCGUGUUCACCGGAUACUGUAUCUCCAUGUUCUUCGUCACCACCUACAAUCCUGAUCUGAUGCUUGGCCUUCUAUCAUUAAAGAAGUCGAACGAGGCAUUCAAGUAUGUUAUGGCCGCUAUGUCCCUAUAUGUUGCAACCACCGUGGUACUGAAAGUCGCACUCGGCCUCUUCUAUCUUCGAAUAAUGCCAAAGCGGUGGCAACGUAACACGAUUUACGCCACCGUUGCAUUCGCUGUCAUUUACGGGUUCUUCUUCUUCUUCUUCACAAUCUUCCAAUGCGGACUUCCUACGGAUUUCCUGCUAAAAGAGCUUGAGGGACAGUGUGUUUCGAAGGCUGUCUUGUGGCCCGUACUCUUCACGGCAAGCCUGAUCAAUGCAAUCAGCGAUUGGACGCUUGCUGUACUACCCAUCCUUGUCCUAGCCAAGAGUAAGAUGGUAUUGCCAGCCAAGAUCAGUGCUGGCUGCCUGAUCUCCCUUGGAGCGCUCGGAAGCAUCUGCUCCGUGGUCAGGCUGGUGUUCAUAUCUGGUUUUAUGCCCGGACCGCACUUCUUCUGGACAUCAGUCACACUUUCCAUCUGGUCCAUCCUCGAAUGUGGGCUAUGCAUUAGCGCAGCGUCGUUGGCCACCCUACGACCAAUGUUCAGGUGCUGCAUCGAGAACGCUCGUACAUGUACACCAUCUCGUCGACAGCGUGGCAAAAGCUCGGCAGGAAUGUCGGGAGGCGAACGCAGUGGUUCAUUCCUUCCACUCUCUGACAUAGAGAGUCCAAAUAGCAUUACUGUGACAAAGAGCUUCGACAUUGAGGACGCCGACGACCACACCAUCGACACUGUCAUGAGCAACGCUCGAGCCAUGGAGAAAAUGGGCGUUUCUGAAGAAACGAUUAGGAAAUUGAGCCUGCAGAGAUCAAAGUCGAAUCCCAAACGCUAUAUCACGGCCUGA